CCAGGGUUCUUACUAAACUACGCUAGGCUUCGCCGUCACUCCCGGAAAAAGUGGGCUAGGCUCCAUUUUAAACUAUUGCCUUUACUCUGAAUUGGACCUCUGCAUAGAAUUAGCAGAAUAUCAGAAUAAAUAAUACAGGUGAUAGACUGUUGGAGAAGUAAAGAAUAAUGUGGGAUGGACCUGGGCAAGGACCACGAGGGGGGCCACCCUUUCGUGGUGAUCGUCGUGGAGAUAUGUUUGGGGGCAGAGAUGGUCCCAUGCCUGAGUUUAGAGGUAGGGAUGGCAUGAACAUGGGUCCAAUGGGUAAUAUGGGCCAAAGACCGCACGAUGUACCACCUAUGGACAUGCGGAGGUUGGAUGGGCCUAACACAAGAGGGCGAGGGAGUGAAAUGGAAACGCAUGAAAUGCGUGGUAGAGGUCCAAACCGCGAUUCAUUCAGACCCGGCGAAGAACCCAACUUCAACAUGAGGAGGCAGGGGGAGGAAACUAUCCAAGACAAGCUUUUAAAUCAAACAAACUUUGGGGGUAGGAACUCUCCCAACAUGGAAGGGAGAGGUAUGCCAUCACGGGAGCAAAAUAACAGGUUCAUGGAUAUGAGGGACAGGGACAUGAGAGACAGGGAUAUGUUCCCUGGAGACAUGUCCAGGUUCAACAAUCAAAACAUGGAUGGCAGGAGGUCCUUUCCUAUGGACCGGAUGGAGAGGAACGAUGGCUUUAGGGACAUGCGUGACAGGCCUCCGGAGGGCAUGGAUGACGUGGACGGCUGUCGCCUGGACCUGCCACCUCGUGAGAGGAGGAUGAUGGAGUUCGAUAGAAGAGGGGGACCUCCCUUCCAGUCUAGAGGAGGAUUUGAUUCAGAUAUGGACUUCAGGAGUCGUCCCGGACCGGAGAACGACUUUAGGGGUAGGGAUCGAUCUCCGUUGCGUUUUGGGAACAAUAAUGAUCGGGAGAGAUCAAGGUCCGACAUGCCCCCGGAUGUUGGAAACCCUCAACGACGGGGUUUGAGGGGACCAGAAGAUUCACGUGGAGAGGGGGAAUUUUUGGAUGGUUCACUCAUGGACUAUAGAAGUGGUGAAGAAAUGACUCUCGCUGAAGAAUGGAAGAACCGUAACAAGCAGAAAAGCACAUCAUUUCCCAACGCAAGUAAAGGAUUAGAGGGCUUGACAGACAAACCAGGACCUUUAGCUUUUGGUAGAGAGGGAAUCUUGCCAGUUCCCUCAGCAUUUAAAGGCCGUGAUAGGCCAUUAUUGGAAUUCCCUGGAAAAGACAUUGGCUUCUCCCGUGGCGGCCCCUUUGGGGCCAUGAAUCUCCCAGCAGUGGGCAUUAAACCACCACUCAACCUUCCUUUCCCAGGAAUGGGUCCACCUCAGGGGCCGCUUACUGUAGAGAACAAGGGCAAGCCAUGGCUCGAUAUAAAAGAUCCCAAGCUGCCUCCAAGUACAUCAAUUCUUCUUCAAAGACCCACUUACAAUCAAGAGAAAAAUCUGCCACCCCCGGGUUUUAAGGGGCAGAGUGAUUGUUAUCCAGGAACAAAUAAUACCCCACAUAACCAGGGACCUGUGGUCAGCAAGAUUGCGACAGAAUUUCAAAGUAGCAAUGCAGCACAGGGCCGAGACCAGGACUACAGGGACAUCGAUUAUAGAACAGGAUCCACAAGACCCUUUGAUUUUAAACAUGAGGACUUUCAGAGACCUGACAAACUUCUGAAAGAGACCAAACCCAACCCUCCUUCAAAGUUUAGUGACUCUGGCUCUCAGGAUCAAGAUUACAGGAGUGCAUCAAUGGAGGACAAAGUUUCCAAUACGAUAUCCAUAGUUGGCAUCCCAAAGACUGCCACAAUGGAGCAGAUUCUUGGUGCCUUUGUUGUUCGCGAUGGAGUGUCCAUGCAGGGGAUGAAAAUAAAAAGUGUUGUUCCAGGUUACAGCUACGAUACGGCCUAUGUGGAGUUUUUAAACCUCGAGGAUGCAGUCCACUUCAUGGAGUCGAACAAGGGUUCCCUCAAAGUCGGCCAUAAAACAGCUUCCAUGAAAUACGUCCAACCAGAAAAGAAUCCCUUCGCUUUCGAACCGACUCCCAGCGCACCCCAGGUCCAGAAGCCGCUGCUGCCCAUUCCAGACGUGCCAGUCAAAGACGUGCCAAAGCCCGGCCUGAAUGGCUCCAAGGGGGACGGCCUCAUGGAGCCCCCCCAGCCCGCGGCCCAGUGGCAGCGGAGCUCGGACAUGACCCCGGAGGCCUGGCAGCAGCAGGUGGACCAGCAGCAGCAGCAGGACAACCAGCAGCAGGCCGAGCCCUGGGCCAACCGCAACCCGCCCCGCCAGGGCCCGCACAACUCUGAUCCCAUCUUCAAAGAGAGCAAGACCAUGAUCAUCAAGAACGUGAAGCCCACCACCACAGUGGAGACCAUCCUGAAGUGCCUUGAUCCCUUUGCCUAUCUGGAUGAGAAGAACGUCCGUCUGGUCAAGGGCAAAACACCAGGCGCCAAAUGUUUCUGCUUCGUGGACAUGGACUCCCACGAGCAAGUGACCCGUCUGGUGGACCUGCUGACGAAGCCCCGGCCCCUCUCCAUUGAUGGCGUCAGAGUUUACGCCGAGGUCGCCAAACCCCUCAAGAACCAGAAUUUCAGACGAGACGAUAAGCCGGAGACGUCACUCUUGGGCUACCCCCCACCUGACGCCAACAUGACAGCGCAGCAACAACAGUUCUUACAGACUCUGCAGUUCCCACAGUCGCUGCCCCCGCUGCCAGUCAGUGGUGGGUUACAAGUUCCUGGAAAUAUGUUGGCUGGCGGUCUACAUCCCCUGUUGCCAAUGGACUCCAGUUAUAACCAGGCAGUGGGCUAUGGUGCAACGCCGGCCCUGGAUGCCUCGUACCAGGCUGCAGGGCUCCAGGCUGCUGGCCUCCAGGUCGGGGGGCUCCAGGCUGCUGGGCUCCAGGGCUGUGGGACUCCAGGCUGCAGGACUCCAGGCUGCGGCAUGCCAUCUACCCUGGAUGGCUCAGAGAACUAUGUUUAUGGUUCUGAAGCUCCGGACGUAUCUAAUUACCUCUAUGACGCGACUUCAGGAUUCUACUAUGAUCCUGAAACCACGCUCUACUACGACCCCGGCUCCAGGUACUUCUACAACGCCCAGACGCAGGAGUACCUGUACUGGGACGCCAAUACCAAGACCUACAUCCCAGUGCCGGGCGGCACGCCGGCCCCCGCCACAGAGACCCAGUCUGUCGCCAUGACGGCGGAGGUCCAGGCCAUCCUGUCCAACCCGGCCGCCGACGCCCCCCUGGAGAUGAAGAAGCCGUCGGAGCAGGCCGUCGCCCCGCCCGAGGUCCCCGACCCGGACCCCUCCCCGGCCCCAGCGGUGGCGGCGGCGGCGGCCCCGGGCCCCAGCGCCACCGGCACUAGCCCCACGCUCACCGCCGAGGAGGAGUCCGCCAGGCGGGAGAAGGAGGGCAAGGAGGAGAAGCCCCGGAGCCUGGCCGCAGUCAAGAUCAUGAAGGACAUGGAGCGCUGGGCGAAGAUCCAGAACCGUCAGAAGGACAGCGUCCGCGCAGCGUCCCCCGUGCUGAGGAUGGGGGCACACGACGACCGCAGGUCGUCCAAGGCGGCCGACGCUGGCUUCGCCGUCUUCGAGAGGAAGGGCUCUGCUGGGGACGAUCUGUUCAAGAAGCCUCUCGCUCCAGCAAAGAAGGACGAGAAGCUGAAGCGGCCCAUGGGAUCCCUGGGCCUGCUCGCGUCCGACUACGGCGCCGGCAGCGACGAGGAGGUGGAGGAGGAGAAGACGGAGGCUCCGAGGAACCUCAAGAGCCAGGCUGAGGACAAGGAGGACAAGCUGACGGACUGGAAGAAGUUGGCCUGCCUGCUGUGCAGGAGACAGUUCCCCAACAAGGACGCUCUGAUCCGCCACCAGCAGCUCUCUGACCUCCACAAGCAAAAUAUGGAGAUCCAUCUCAAGAUCAAGAGGUCCAAGAGGGAGCUGGAGGCACUGGAGAACCAGGAGAAGGAACUGAGCGCUAAAGAGACAGUCACGGUCACAGUCCCGCUGCGGUCGCCGGAGCCCAAGAAGAAGAAACACACGCACCACCACAACGCCUGGGCCGGAGGCUCCAGGGAAACGCACAAAGGCAGCGACCGACCGGGUUUAGGCUGUGAACCCGUAGAGAGGAAAAAGAAGGAGCCCGUGGUCUGGGACCACGCGACCUACAAGCAAGCGGUGCGAAAGGCCAUGUUUGCCCGCUUCAAGGAGCUCGAUUGACCCGGCUUUGCGUCACCCAUUAUCGUCCGUGUUUGAUUAAUGUGAAGCGUUUGGUCUAAAUGACUUGCCAGAUUUGUCUCGGUGGGGGUAGGAAUACUGCCUCCCCCACUGUGUUUACUGCCUCUCUGCCUUGGUCCUUCUAUAGAGCCGUGACUGUAGGAAAUGAUAUCAAGGGGAAACACUAUGUAAAUAAGCCCUGUUUCACACUAACUGUACUGACCGGAGGUGGCUGGAGAGUGAUAUCCGUUGAUCCGGUUUGUUUUUAUGAAAGACAGUGCAUCAAUAGUUACAAGUUGUGGUUUUUCCCACCCAUAUUAUGGAUAACUGAUAUUUGGUGUCCUAAUAAGUGUCAUUGUGACUCCUUUACUACACAUUCAUUUUAUUUUGAAUACUGCUUAACGUUUGUCUUUUAAUUUUGUUUUAUGUAUACACAAUUUUUUAGUAAAAACCUAAGUUAAUUAGA